AUGCCCCAACGCCAUGUCCUGCAGAUGUCCACCAGCCAGGCCACCUACGGCGUCUGUGUCUUGGGUACCGAGAUCUUCCUUGACACCCGCCGAUCUACCCCCAAAGAGGCCACGUCCUUUGAUGUCUACGCCACCUCCGCGGUCACGGUCCACGUCAUCCACAACCCCACAACAAGACCCAUGAUUAACUCCAAGUGGCCCCUGGAUCGUGAUAUAGAGAUUACAGUUACCAUUGAUGUCACCAGCACAGCUGUCAAUGACAAUAAGGUGAAGAUUUCUUACUAUGGCCGGCAAGACAACGAGCUCGCAGUGGCUUGGUUGUAUCUCACCUGUGUAGACAUAUCUUUGGACGUGGAUUUGCACCGGAAUGGCAAAGUGAAGAGCAAAGGGAAAGACAAGGCCAAGUGGACGUGGGGUCCAGAUGGUCAAGGUGCUGUGCUGCUGGUCAACUGUGACAGGGACAGCCCUGGCAUGGGGAACCCAGACAGCAGUGAGGUGGCCAUACGGACCACAGCAGACCUUCAGGACAUGUCUGUCAUGGUGCUGAGGACACAAGGUCCCAGGGCGAUCUUUGAUGACUACCAGGUGGUGCUGCACCUCCCUGAGAGGGAUGCUGAUAAAGUGAGGGUUUUCCAUGCUGUCCAGAGUGACUCACAGCCCAGCUACAAACCCGUGCUAGGGCCAGACAAGCUCUCCUACGUGCUGGACCACGUUGGCAGUGGAGAAAACACCUUCUAUGUUGAAGGACUGGCUUUCCCUGAUGAGGGCUUCUCUGGGUUGGUUUCCUUCAGUGCCAGCUUGCUGGAGAUCACCCAUAAGAAUGCCCCAGGAACCCCCAUUUUCACCGAUACAGUGGUUUUCCGUGUGGCACCCUGGAUAAUGACACCCAACACCCAGCUGCCUUUGGAGGUUUUUGUCUGCAGCAUCCGGAAGGGCCCAGAUCCCAACCAAGUCUUUCUGGAAGACCUCCAGGUCCUGCUGAGGAAAACCAACUGCAAGCUGACUAUCUGCUCAGAGAUGGAAACCCGGAGUGACCGCUGGAUCCAGGACGAGCUGGAGUUUGGCUACGUGGAAGCCCCACACAAGACCUUCCCUGUUGUCUUUGACUCACCCAGGAACAGAGGCUUGAAGGAUUUUGCUUUUAAAAAGAUCCUGGGCCCUGAUUUUGGCUAUGUGACCCGUGAGCCCCCUGGGACAGAAGUCACCAGCCUGGACUCCUUUGGCAACCUGGAUGUCAGCCCCCCCGUGACGGUGCGGGGGAAGGAGUAUCCCCUGGGCCGCAUCCUGAUCGGCAGCCCCUUGCCCUGGGCCUCUGGCCGGAGGAUGUCAAAGGCUGUCAGGAAUUUCCUUUAUGCCCAGAAAGUGCAGGCACCAGUGGAGGUCUACUCGGAGUGGCUGACUGUGGGCCACGUGGAUGAAUUCCUCACCUUUGUCCCUGCUUAUGAUAGGAAGGGCUUCAGGCUCCUCUUGGCCAGCCCCAGCGCCUGCUACAAGCUCUUCACAGAGAAGCAGAGGCAGGGCCAUGGUGAAGCCUCGCAGCUUGUUGGUGAAAAGGGCACAGAGAGGAGAAGCAUUGAUGACAUCCUGGCAGAUGAGUCACUGAGGAAGGACAACAGGCACGUGCAGCACUGCAUUGACUGGAACCGAGACCUCCUGAAGGAGGAGCUGGGGCUGAGCGAGCCGGACAUCAUCGACAUCCCCCAGCUCUUCAUCUGCAAUGGCUCCCGAGCAGACGCCUUCUUCCCAGACAUGGUGAACAUGCUGGUGCUGGGCAAGCACUUGGGGAUCCCCAAGCCCUUUGGCCCCCAGGUGGGUGGGCGGUGCUGCCUGGAGGAGCGGGUGCGGGAGCUGCUGGAGCCCCUGGGCCUCACCUGCACCUUCAUUGAUGAUUACUUCUCCUACCACCUCCUCUCCGGGGAGGUUCACUGCGGCACCAACGUCCGCCGGAAGCCCUUCGCCUUCAAGUGGUGGCACAUGGUGCCUUGA